ACAAAUCUAAUGUUCAUGUCUUCUCUCUUCCAGAAAAAGUGUAUUCUUAAAAUUCAGAAGAUUGCCAGACCAAUUGAGCCUUCUUUGUUUCAACAUGAAGGACUCCAUUCAUCUUUGCAAGGCACCGUCAAUAAAUUAAAGGACAAAAGUUAUGGGAUCAACCAAACUUCCAUUCACCGAAAUCCUUCGAUAGAGAAUAUAAUAUCGACCAUCAAGCAGUACUCCAAGUACGACAUCUUCUCGGCCUACAUGGGGCAGGACGUGUUCUGGGGCGCCAAUCCCAAGGCUGGGGAUCUCGUGGACUUCUUGUUUCAUCCUCCGAUCCCAAUAUCCAGAGUUUACUUUGCCAGUGGAGACAAAGGCCACCCAGGAGACAAGUUUCAGAACACGACAAUUGAGAUCUUACCCGUAAAACCGCCACCUGUUACGUCUGCUGUGAACAAGCUGGUCGUCCAGAAAGACCCCUCUGGAAAUCAGACAAGUCAGCAGAAACUUGCUUUUGAGCAACGAGUGCUGUACUUGGCGGAUCUACCCAAAGAUUCAAUGCUCGACACGUUUUACGUCGUCGGAAAAUUUGACGAACAAGGUCGAGCAAAGGCUGAGAUUCCAGUGGACUUCAAGGACAUUCAAGUCGUUCGUCUUCGCAUACUUUCUGAUUUGCCAAACUGGGUUAUUUUAAGUCAGAUUGUGAUUGAGAUGCCACAAAAACGCUGAUCCCAUGGCGGCCGGUCAACUGAGACGAUACUGCUGGGCUCGAAACACUGACCUGGUGCUAACAGUUCUACUCCCUACUCUUGUUCAGAUCUACCCUUAUUCAGAUCUACCCUAAUACAGAUGUACCUUUUCUUGGAUCUAAAUUGCUACCUCAAAAUUACAAAGUUCUUCUAUCUUGGCCUUUUUGAGUUACAAAUUUGUCAAACCAUGAGAUGAGAACUAAAUAUGUGAAGCAUGCUGACAAAAUGAGAUACUUCUCGGAUUCGAGCUCUAUGAAAAUAGAUACAUCAGGCUUAUAGGUGAAGUUUUUUUACAAUUUAUAAGUAUGAAAUAAUCAAAGGCUUAUUAUGCUGAAAGAAUACGGCAUCAAUAGAUAAUCUA